GUCGAGGAGGUGGUGGCUUGAGCCUAUCGCCUUUCUCAUUGGCUCUCGCUUAUCGUGACUUCCAGAAUCGAUUUCCAGAGAACCUAACCUUUUUCCAUCUUCUCAACAUCCUUUACCAUCAGACUCACACACGUCAUUGCUGUUACUGGGAGGGACAUGCCGCCGGUAUUCACUCUCUUCUGGGCGUCGCUACCCAUCAUUUUGGCUGCACUCGUUUACCAGAUCGGGAUUCCAGGUUUCAUUCUUGUUCAAUUAUCCGAGCACAUUGCCUUUAAGGUACUUCGGAACCUUUUCUCAACAACACAUUGCUACACUUCAAUCAGGACCCUAUCGUCAGGACUCCCACGCGCAGAAUGUUUUAGCGUCUCUGACGGGAAGUUCUCGAGGGUGUUUCUUGACGACACCUCCUUCGACGUGGUGAAGCAGGAACGUACUGGGCACGUUAUACCUGGUCUGUGGGAUGGUCAUGGACAUCUGGUUCAAUAUGGCGAGUCGUUACACGCCGUGAGCUUGUUUGGUGCCAAUUCAAUGACGGAGAUUAAGGAAAGGCUCGUUGAGUACAAGGCUAAGAAUCUAGAAGUUGGAACAAAUGAGCAGUGGCUGAGAGGUGUUGGGUGGGAUCAGGCCAAGUUCGAGGGAAGGUGGCCGACCUCAUCGGAUCUGGAGAUCGACGACACCUUCAAGGACCUUUUUGUUAUGUUGGAUAGGGUCGAUGUCCAUUGCAUCUGGGUUUCUGAUAAAGUUCUUUCCCUUCUUCCGUCUUCGCUACCAGAGAUUCCGGGAGGCGAAAUCCCUGCAAAGGGUGUCUUCUGCGAUAAUGCUAUGGACAUCGUCUUGGAGUACUACCCAAGGCCAAGCAGAGACCGCAAGACCAAGUUCAUCAAAGAUGCAAUGUCUGAGUUGAACAAGCUCGGAAUUGUCGGUAUGCACGAUGCUGGUGUAGUUCCAAGUGAGCUAGAGCUGUACCAAGAGCUAUCCGCUAAAGAAAGCUGGAGUGUGAGAGUCUACGCCAUGAUUGAGUGUGAUAUCAGGAACACCUUCUGCCCGGAAUCUGUCGUAAAGGUCACCACGCCGAAUGGGAAACUUCAUGUGCGAAGUGUGAAACUCUUUGGUGAUGGAGCACUUGGCAGUUGGGGUAGCGCAAUGAUUGAGCCCUACAGCGAUAAACCAGGCUCUUCUGGAUCGCUACUGGUCAACGCAACUAUAUUGUCUAAACUCACACAGGACUGGGCAAUGUCGGGGUACCAAGUCAACAUCCAUGCAAUUGGGGAUCUCGCCAACAGGAACGCUAUCGAUGCUUUCGAGGCUGCCCUGAGAGUUUUGUGCCCUAGCUCGACGGCGCACGAGUGUCAAGCAAAACACCGCUUUCGCAUCGAACAUUCUCAGAUUAUCCACCCAGACGACCAACGCAGGAUGGCAGAACUGGGGAUCAUUCCCUCCAUACAGCCAACGCAUGCGACGUCAGACAUGGGCUACGCAGAAAGCAGGCUUGGCUCGCAACGCACCAAGGAUGAAGCCUACCGAAUGCGCUCGCUGCUAUCACUUCGUCCCAUCCUCGGAAGCGACUUUCCUGUCGAACCAGCCAACAUCUUCGAGGGCAUAUACGCAGCCACAACACGACGCAGUCCACAAACGGGUCUUGAUCCUAAUGGCGACAAGACUGGCUGGUACCCCGAAGAGACUCUUACUCUUGACGAAGCUUUGGUAGGCUUUACUAUCAAUCCCGCUUAUGGCGCGUUUCUCGAAGGCAAAGCCGGUAUUAUUGAAGCGGGGGCGUAUGCGGAUUGGGUGGUGCUCGACGAGCCAUUAGAGUCGAUGGACUUGGAAAGCUUACGGAAGGCGACUGUAAAAGAGACGUGGGUUGGUGGUAAACGUGUCUAUCGUCGACCUGAAGACCUUUCCUAGAAGAGAGGCUGACAGCAACGUCUCCAACAUCGCUCGCUACGCUUUACAUCGGCUCGGUCAGCCAUUCAAAGGUACGGCACGCGGCAUGACAGGUGAAACUUUUACCUUACGCGGACUGACAAGCUCGGAUAUGUAGCCUCCCGUUAGACUUCUAGCUGCCUGUCCUAUACUGGCCCCCUCAAGAGCGAACUUCUAUAGGCUCCUUCCG